UUCGCUUUUGUAUUUUUUUUUUAAAUUACAACAAUAAUAAUAAAAUUUUUUAAUAAUCUAAUAUGCCUUUUGAUACAGUAGAAAGAUCAAAUAAAAGAAUUAGACCAGAUUUAUCAACACCUACUGCAGACGAUGACUGGUACAUGCAACCAACAUUCGAAAUCAUAAACACAAAAUAUCAACAAGAAGAACAACAGCAACAACAACAACAGCAAUACCAACAACAAGGAAAUUGGCUUAAAUCAUACCCUUUUCCACCAAUGGAUUAUGUACUUCCAGUUACCCCUGCUGCCAUGCCCAUAGACAUUCCUUAUUCAAACCACCAUCACCUUUCGCCUCAAUCAAACACAUUCUGGCAAGAUGAUAACACAAGUACUAGCCCAGUUCACCGUACUUCCAUCUCAUCUUGUGCAUUUUCUCCUAUAACACAUCAUUCUUCUCCACCAAAGCCUUUGGUCGACUCACUUCCAAGUGAUUUAGUAACCAAAAAUCCUAUUUUAACAGACGUUUUAUCAAAAGUAAGGUUUUCUUACAGCGAUGUCGGAAUCAAUCUUGAAGCCAAGAUUUCAAAUGCAUCGGACUUGCGCUCCUUGAUUGAUGCCUUUAGCCAAUUGUGUACCUCAUCAACCACAUCUUCAUCUUCAUCCUCCUCCUGUUCUUCUUCAACAGCCAGCAAUCAUGAAUUAGACCCAUCAAAAACAAUGGACAACAUUUUACUCUACCGUAACAAAAACAACCAGACAAAACCAGUCAAUUUCUUUGCUUCUACCUGUCGCCUGGGUCAGAUCGCCAACCCUCACUCAAGCCUGGACUCAGUCACAAGCCUUGUUCAAAUCGCGGAUGCCUGCAUUGAUACUUACUUCUCUUGCUGGGUGCGGUUUAAACCUGUCUUGCAAAAAGAAAAAUUUAUGGCCUGGUAUCGUGCACAAAAUAACCCGACUGACACACUGAUUGUCAAUGCUAUCUGUUCCUACGUCUUUCGUCACAUGAUCAUUCAUCACCCAAGAAAUGGGUUUGAACAUUUCUUGACUGAUCAAGACAAACUACAAGAACAAGAAGAGUAUUUCUUUAGCCGUGCUCGUGAAUGCCUUUCUCAAUCGUUUGAUACACCCGAUCGCUAUACGGUAGUCGCCUUGCUGUUUAUGAGUAUUCGUGCUGAACCUACAAAACGUCAUCAUUAUGCUGGCAUGGCUGCCUCUGCUCUUCAUGAACUUGAAAUUUAUCCUCGUAUGGUGAAUGAAGAUGUUGACUCCUAUGAAAAGGAGAUGGACACUCGCUUAUGGUGGUUUGCUUGGGCUAUUGACUUCUCACUCUGGACAGCUGGUUCACCCAAAAAUACACCACAACCUCGAUACCCAGGUCAGGUUGACUUGCCUCAGGUGUUUGAACAAGACAUUGACGACACAGAAAUUGGUGUUAUUACAUUUACUCAAUGUCUCAAGCUUUGGCAGAUUCAAGCCGAUAUUGUGGCUGCUCUUUAUGAUCAAGAAAGCUCUGUCCUGACAGUGGAACAAUUCAAGGAAUAUGACAAGCGUCUGCUUAAUUUCUAUCAAUCUUUGCCUCAGUAUCUUUUAUUUGACAGUGGGUUUGAAUAUGGCUGUGAAGACCUUUUUUUGGCUUGUCUCCGUGUGAACAUUGAAUACAAUGCAACUCGUAUUAUUCUGCAUAAAUUAUUUAUACCUGAAUUGAAUGAUACAAGACCUAGUCAAGCUGCUCUGGAUUCGCUGAAUGUCUGUCUCUCAACCGCACUGACUCAAUUGAGUGCUAUCAAGACAUGCAAUAUGGCUGAUGUGGGUCGCUGCGCUUUUGAUCGAGAUGAACUAUGGCGUGCUGCUGAAGUGAUUUCGAUUGCCAUGAGCAUCUAUCGUACCUGUGUAUCUCCUGCUGAUCAAGCCAAGAUUCUAAACGGUAUUCAAAUGGACGACUUCAUGACUGGACUUCUGAAAUCGUAUACUGUGCUACAAAACACAAGAGAAUUUCGGUUUUCAUGCAAGAACUGGUUCCAAGUAGCUGAUUGGAUUCAAGUAGAAAUACGUCGACAUCAAUUAGAAGGAACAAUGCAUGCAUCACAUCAAAAUGAACCUCACAAAAAGAAGCAACCAGACUACUUUUUAGCUCAUCUGAAGCCCAAUGCUAAACUCAACAACCAUGAUCCUCAUCCUCAUGAGAAAUCACUCUCACCACCAUCAUUACCACAGACACCACAAAUGACAGCAUCUUUAUUACCAAAAAGAAUACAAAAAAGCCAAUCUCUUUUCAAAACCAAUUCAGUGAAAUCUUCUUUCUCCACUGCACCUCCAUUUGUACAAUUCAAUGCAUAUGUUCCACCUGAUCAACAGCCUCAGCCAACAAAUGGUAAAAGUCCUGCUCGAUUCCGUUACUUUAAUCCUAGAAAGAUGAACAAAUUCUUAUUUAUUGAUGAGCAUCCUAUGAUGUAAAGUUGUAUAUUACUAUGUCUAUGUCUAUGUUUAUGCUUAUUGUGUAUAUAUCUUACUAUGAAUAAACAAAUUAAAGUCACAUACUUGUCAGCUGAUGCAAGCUUUUAAAAAA